UGGCUUCUGAACUGCUACGACGUGAUUAAACUUGCAAUAAAACUGAAUUGUCAGAGUACGCUUUAUCCUCGACUGAGAUAUUCUUAAGGGCGAUCUUGCGGCAUGAAACACCUGCUAAGGUACGUUUUUUAAACCUGCAAAUUUGCAGAACAGAUGGGAUAGUUUCCUUUGUCAACGCAGCCGCCAUCAUUUGUGGAUAUCAAUGAUUUCCUUGGAAACGUAAACAAUAGUCACUAAACAAACCACAAGGACACAGCAACCAUACUCAUGAUAAACGAAGAUGGCGGACAGUUUCGUCUCUCCGAAAAAUCCAAUUUCUGCCUCAUUAACAACAGAAGACCUUAUUCAUCCACACAAAGCUAGUGAGAUACCACGGUAUAAUGGACAUACACCCCAACUAAAAUUCAAUUGUGGCCAUACAUAUGGUUAUCAUACUGAUGUUCUCUCAAAGAGAUAUAUGCGUAAUGAAAAGCUAAUACACACAAGGCCAGACACAGACCUACAGCUGAAAAAAACAUAUUUGCCAAGGCAUACUGGUGAUAACAAGUAUGUUGAGAAAAUGGUACCAGGAUACACAGGCUAUGUGCCAAGUCAUCAUUUUGGCUUUGGUACAACAUACAAAGAAGGUACCGAAAGGGCUGUUGCUAAGUUUAAAAGGAAGGAUGACCAACGGAAGACCGAGAUACUCGAUCUUAAUGCUAAAGCUGCAAUGGCUCCACCGUUGAAACUGUCUGCUACAUACCCCCCUCCAGAUGUAUCGCAUCCUGGCACAAAUCUGCGAUAUGCAACAGCUUACUAUGGAAAAAAAUUCUCUGAUCAUAGGGAUUUCACCGAAUCCCCAAUCCCAGGGUACACUGGAUUUGUCCCAAAGAAACAGGAGCAUGAGUUAGGUUCAACCUACGGUAAUUGGUCUGGAAAGGCUUAUGUCGAUGCGCUUACUACUAAACGAAGACAGGAGGACUCAAGCACAUGGUCUAUUGAACUUAAAAGGUCGCUUCCAUCUUUAUCGAAGACUGGAAGCUAUGGAAAUAUUUACAAGCCAAUUGGAAUGGUACCAAAGUACACUGGCUAUGUCCCAGGGGGACGGUUUGAGAUCAGCAACACUUAUGGUGACAUGACUCGACUGUUGCCAGUUUGUAAAGAUACAUUUGGGUAUUCACUUGGAAGAUACAACCACCCAGGCCCUCCAAUCAAAAGAGAAGUUAUACCAGCUUAAAAGACGUUUAAUAUAUACCAAAGGAAGUUGCACGAGAUGAACAAAAAUCAACGGAAAGGUCCUUGUGUCAUGGAUUGGGAUAUUUUCUUUUUCUGAGUGAACAGAUGGCUAAGCAAAUCAGCCACAUAUCGAUGUCGAUCACUUUUUAGUAUUAACAUCUCUAACAUAAAUUGUAGUUAAGAAAUAUUUAGAAUUAAACUUUGCGUUUCGCAGCAUCUUUACGAAAGGAACCAAAAGUCUAAUCCAGGGCCUGCGCCACGGGGAGGGGGUGCUUGGUGACUAUGGCCCCUCCACUUUUUGCGAAGCAGAUAAAUUGAAAGCUGCAGUAAAAGGGGAAAGAAGCCUUGCCUCCUACUCUUGCUAGCCUUGCCCCCCCCCCUCCACUUUCAAAUUCGUGGCUUGGGCCCUGUAAUCUGUAGAUAUUAGACUCUCUUUAAACCAUCAACUUAUCUUCUUUGUGUACGUACUUGAUCAAUGUCUUUUUAUUAUAGCUUGAUACCCAUAAUUCUUUUGGGUGUAGCAGGCUCAAAUGGUAUCUAAAGUAUAAGUCUUCAAUUAUUGCGCAUCCAAACAGCAUCUUUUAAUUUCAUGCUAAAUAUAUCAACAGUUUAAAACUUGCUCCUAAUGCCAAAUCGUUUAUUCUGUGAGGUGCGUGUUUGCAAAGCUUUUACUAAGCUACAGUGUCCUCCCCACAUCUGGAAGAAAGUUCAAAAUUUUAUGCAUAAAUUUUUUUGUGUGGCACAUGAGUUAGACAAACCCUUUCAUGGCAAUGAUUAGCUAGAUAAGCGUAAUUUUCAAUAGAAAGCCAAACGAGGCCUUUGCUGUAAACCUUUCUUUUCGUUAAGGGGGCAGCUGUACAAUAAAUCCUUUUUCAUAUAUGCUCUUGCUCAACUUGACCUAACUUCUGAUGAAAGAUUUGGUACUUUUUGUCGAAAAUGUAUUUUACAUUGCAUACUUUGUGUGUAGAGAUAUGAUUAAAUUUGAUUUAGAUUUGAUUCUUACUCAAUCGUAGAGUAAUUUCAGGGAUGUAUAUCUUUUUUAAAAAUGAGGUCACUUAAACUUGUUUGCUAA